AUGCUCUUUGGGAUGAAGUGGGAGGAGUCUGGCACACUUCAUGAAUCAGCAGAGGACCUGUUUCAUUUCAAUGUUGGGGGCUGGCAUUUCUCAGUUCCCAGAAGCAAACUUGCUCAGUUCCCAGAUUCUCUGCUGUGGAAAGAGGCUUCAGCCUUAACCUCUUCAGAAAGCCAGAGGCUAUUCAUUGACAGAGAUGGUUCCACAUUUAGGCACGUGCACUAUUACCUCUACACCUCCAAACUCUCUUUCUCCAGUUGUGCGGAACUGAACUUGCUCUAUGAGCAAGCACUGGGUUUGCAGCUGAUGCCUUUGCUCCAGACUCUAGAUAACCUGAAGGAAGGGAAACACCAUCUACGUGUGCGGCCUGCAGACAUCCCUGUUGCUGAGAGAGCCUCAUUGAACUAUUGGCGAACAUGGAAGUGUAUCAGCAAACCCUCAGAAUUUCCAAUAAAAAGCCCAGCCUUUACAGGGCUACAUGAUAAGGCCCCACUGGGGCUCAUGGACACACCCCUGUUAGACACAGAAGAGGAAGUACACUACUGUUUCCUGCCCCUAGACCUGGUGGCCAGGUAUCCAAGCCUAGUGACUGAGGACAACCUGCUGUGGCUGGCAGAGACUGUGGCCCUGAUCGAGUGCGAGUGCAGCGAGUUCCGCUUCAUUGUGAAUUUUCUCCGCUCACAGAAGAUUUUACUACCAGAUAAUUUCUCCAAUAUUGAUGUGCUAGAAGCGGAAGUGGAAAUUCUGGAAAUCCCAGAGCUCAGGGAAGCUGUAAGGCUGUACCGGAUGAAUAUGGGUGGCUGUUCCCGGACUUCCUGUCCUCCCCCAAGCCCCGGGAAGGGGGGCCGCGCGGCUGGCUUGGAGUCUGUGAAGCCGCUCUACAUGAUGGCCCUGGGUCUGCUGGUCAAGUACCCAGACUCCGCGCUGGGACAGCUCCGCAUUGAGAGCACACUGGAUGGAAGUAGACUGUAUAUCACGGGGAAUGGGGUCCUCUUUCAGCAUGUCAAGAACUGGCUCGGCACUUGCCGACUGCCCCUGACUGAGACUGUUUCUGAGGUGUACGAGCUCUGUGCCUUCCUGGACAAGAGGGACAUCACCUAUGAGCCGAUGAAAGUGGCUCUGAAGAUGCAUCUGGAGCCAAGGACAUUGGCACCCAUGGAUGUGCUCAGUGAGGAGUGGACAGCAGAGAUCACUGUGUAUUCCCCCCAGCAGAUCAUCAAAGUUUAUGUUGGAAGCCACUGGUAUGCAACAACCCUGCAGACCCUCUUGAAGUAUCCAGAACUCCUGUCCAACCCUCAGAGAGUGUACUGGAUCACAUACGGACAGACUCUGCUCAUCCAUGGGGAUGGCCAAAUGUUCCGACAUGUUCUAAACUUCCUGAGACUUGGAAAACUGUUUCUACCAUCUGAAUUUAAGGAAUGGCCGCUCUUCUGCCAGGAGGUAGAAGAAUACCACAUUCCAUCCCUCUCAGAAGCCCUGGCACAAUGUGAGGCAUACAAGUCAUGGACCCAGGAGAAAGAAUCUGAAAAUGAAGAACCUUUUCCCAUCAGGAGGCUACAUGUGAUGACAGAAGGAAGAGGGUCAUUGGUGGAGUUCAGCAGAGACACCAAAGAAACCACAACCUACAUGCCUAUGGACUUCCAAGACUGCAAUGACCGGACUGCAUGGAAUAAGGCCAAGGGACACCUGGCAAGGUCCAGCCAGAUGGAGGAGGCUGAGCAGUACACCCGAUCCAUCCAGGUUUCCCUGUGCCGAAAUACCAAGAGGGCAGGCAACCCCAGCACGUACUCACACUGCCCUGGCUUAUGUACCAACCCCAGACACUGGGGGGGCCACCAUGAGAGCCCACCCAAGAAGAAGUGUACCACAAUCAACCUCACACAGAAAUCUGAAACUAAAGAGCCUCCUGUCACCCCCAUGCAGAAACUCAUCUCCCUGGUGAGGGAAUGGGACAUGGCCAACUGCAAACAGUGGGGAUUCCAGUCACCAACAGCCCCCCGGGGAAGCACUGUGGAGGAGGCCAGUCUGCAGCUCCCCCUGGGAGGUGAGGCUGCUUCCCAGCCAGGCACCUCGGCUGUCUGGAAAGAUCAUUCCACAGCCUCAGAGAAGAAUCCAGGCACACAGGCAGGGGCUGGGGCUGGAGCAAAAGACAAGGGGCCAGAGCCAAACUUUAAGCCCUACUUCCCCAUGAAAAGAACCAUCACCCUGAAGGACUGGGGCAAGCAGAGGCCAAAGGACAGAGAAAGCCAUGCUCCUGAGCAGCUUCUGUCUGAGGCCAGUGAGGUGGACAGCCCGGGGGUCAUCCUCAAAGUGACUCACCCCCCAGUGGUGGGCAGCGAUGGCUCCUGCAUGUUCUUUGAAGACAGCAUCAUCUAUACCACACAUAUGGAGAACCUUGGGCAUACACCACCCAAAAUCAGCCCCAAGGCCCGAGAGGUAACUUUCCUGAGUUUCUCUCUGUCCUGGGAAGAGAUGUUUUAUGCACAGAAAUGCCACCGCUUCCUGACUGACAUCAUCCUGGAUUCCAUCAGGCAAAAGGACCCCAAAGCUAUCACAGCCAAGGUGGUCUCCCUGGCCAACCGGCUGUGGACCCUGCACAUCAGCCCCAAGCAGUUUGUGGUGGAUUUGCUGGCCAUCAGCGGCUUCAAGGAUGACCGGCACACCCAGGAACGCUUAUACAGUUGGGUGGAGCUCACACUCCCUUUCGCCAGGAAAUAUGGCCGCUGCGUGGACCUGCUUAUCCAGAGGGGCCUUUCUCACUCUGUCUCUUACUCUAUCCUGGGGAAGUACUUACAAGAAGGAUAG